UUGAGAAUCGCGAACGGAAAGAUUGAUCGGAAAAGCAGACUUAUCGCAAGCUGUACUUGUUCUCGUUCUCGGACCUUGCACGUGCAGCGCUAAUUCUCGUCUCUCAGUACGGUUCAGACUUGGCAGUACAGAUGUCUCCACGGGCAGGCGCAGUUGAAGAGCAGAUCCGUGAUGUCUCUCUUACCUCAGUGUUCUGCCAUGCACUUCGACGAGUGGCGGUUGUGCAAUGCACUGGCUAUCUCUCACUGUCUCAGUUUAUUUACGAACUUAUGGGAUUGUCCCAGGCGCAGGCAGAGGUAGCCUAAAGCUUCGGGAUGCUCUAACCCGUGAGCAUCUCUAGUGUUAGAUCUCAAACGGAUAGGUUCUGUCAGUCGAUAGGAUAGGAUGACAAAACCGUCCAAUGCUGGUGAUGAUGGAUGGACAUUUCCAGCGCCCAGAAACUGGGGAGAUUAUCCUGGGCUUGAAGCUACUACAGUGUGUGGUGGCAGGUCACUCGUCCCCACAUUGCUACUGUGUCUCGUCAUUCUCAGCGUCCACUUACCUCGGACUGGGAGCCUUGCCAUGGCAGUGGAAAUCGUGACUGACUCCACCGCGUCCUUGACAGUACGUCGACCGGUGCACGAGCGUCCCACACCAUGGACAGGCAAUGCUCUGGAUCUCCGCGCAUUUUCUACGGAUGAGGAGGACGGUAGAAACACUGGCAGCCCUGCGGAGGCCUCGAAACCUGGUCCACCCAAUGCCAAUGCUGAUGGGCCAGUACUGGCAGUAGUCAGUCAUCCUGCUACUGGUACCGCUCGGUCACGUGAUGCAUCAAUCAGGCCAAUCGCAUCGCACGCUCCAGCGCACAGACGAACCAGGGCCGGAACAGCACCAAUGGCCAUGGCGGCGGACAAAAACCUUGUACCCGAAAGCUUACGUUACCUUUUGUUCGGCAGCCUGCCAAAACGCACACACAAAGCAGAAGGUAGCAAUCUCCCUGAGCAACACACUGACUGGUUUAAUGGCGACCCAGGUCUACCUACACGUCGUUCAUAUGGUGCUGGCCACCUGACGCCUCAAGCCAGUCAACCACCACGUGACAAUGAUAGCAGCAAUAGUAGUGAAGUAGCAUUACCACCCCUGCUGCAGCUUCGGUGUGCUAAAGAAUACUCACCCUCGCUGGAGCUUCACAAGCCCAUCUCCAUCUCCAGUCUCAGCCACCCGAUGCUCCUACGUGAGCCAGCACUGAUAAGGGAAACCCCCUGGACUGACGCGUACGGUGCUAUGCUUCUCUUCGGAACUCCGGAGGAUACAACGCUCAUCACUUUCCUAUCCGUUUAUGCCUUUGACGUGGGCGAAAACAGUGGUCAAACGUGGCGAAUUCACGAUCGCAUAGACGUUUCCUUCCUACCUUCGUCGUGUAGAACUGCUCAGAGCUUUAUUGGCGCGGUGGCAUCCAGCUCCAGCCGUGAGGUCGUUUUCAUCUACGGGUUUGGGACCCAGCACGAAUGCGCAAAGCUCAUCGCAUACAACCCGAGUUCACGGCGGCAUCACGUGGUCAGAGUGGAAGGUAGCGCUCCGACAAUGCAUGACGUGCUAGAUCAACAAUCCGAACCCGGACGAAGCAUGGACGCGGGCCAACCCGGCAGUCAUGUCCUUCUCUCCGCCAUGGUUGCCGUCCCUGAUGAUGUCAGCAAUGACCGGGCUACGGAGAGUCUGGUGAUGUUUGGAGGCUCAGCCUGCAACCUUGACGAAAUUCUUGGUAAGACGUGCAUGAAUUUCUCCAACAACCUUCGCGUCCUGCAACUUGUCGGUGACAACUUCGAGAUUGGUUACUGGAAGACGUGGAAUGUGAAUUCCAGCUUGCACGCCCAACAGCCCUCUCCUCGUAUCUCGCCCGUUCUAUUCACAGAUGGAACUUCUAGCCUGUUCGUUUACGGGGGCAUAUCACUACAGGACACGACAGAGGAGGGUCUCCAAAAGGGCAAAACUCAGCUUGCGGCUAAGUGCGACCUGUGGCGAUUGGACUUUGCCAGCCGCACUUGGAAGGAACUGCCCGAGUUGACAGAGGAUUGCAUGGCAAGAGCGUCGAAUUCCUGCUUUGCUUCGCAUCGACUGCCAGCGAGGCCGAACGUGGCGUACUCUCAGGCAGAUGGUGAGUUGGCCGUCGUGAGUAUUGCCUUCUCCUAUGGGACUAUUCCUUUGUCGUGCUUGGAGCGGGAGUUUUCCGUCUCGCGCAUAAAACCCGCUAGCUCCGACACACCAGAGUGGCGGACGAUUCGACAAACUACCACUAGAAACUUCGUCAGCGGACUUAUCGACGAUUCGAAGCAAAUACGCAGCUUGGGGUUCAUGUAUGACGCGGCCUCGCUUUACAUGGUGCAAACGACAGUUCCAGCGACGGUGAAUCUCUCGGUGGAGUUUGACUACAUGACAAGAAAACCAUCUAUCGUGCGGCGCAUUCUACCCAGGCAAGAAGCGGCGUUCAGCUUCCCAGGCAGCGUGGGCUGUAUCGGUCUCCCAAGCCCCAUUCUGUUCAGUGCGCGGCCGUACGAGAAGGGUGACGUGAACUUUGGUGAGUCCUAUUCGGUGAUGAUUGGUGGCUUCUGUGCACUACCACACCAUAUGUAUGCUGGGAAGCAAGAUAGCUGGCUGGAGCCUUCUUGGCAGGUAAUGCCUAUCUGGUCUUACAGUCCUCGACCAGGAGUCUAUGCCAUGCGAGUCAUCUCCCCUGGUCCGCCAUUCGCCAAUCGGAUACUGCACACAUUUCUGCGCAUGGGUGACGGAAAUGCAACAAAAGCGGUUGUUUAUGGUGGCAUCUCUAUGCUAGGUGAGCCUGUUGACAGAGAUGUCUGGUGCUUCGAUUGGCUCGAGCAGUACUGGCAGCAGGCUAACCUCACGUCACGCCACACCAUGCCGGAGCACUCUGGUGUGGGUCAUGCCGCUGCAGCCCUGUCCGCUGAGAGCUUUCUGAUCUACGGCGGAAUGGCGUGGGAUUGGCUAGGUCUGCCCGAGGCCGUCAACAAUUUGUACGUGUUCACUUUCAGCAAUCUGUCAACAUGCACUGGCUCGUGGCGAGAGUUAUCAUCAACCAAGCCACUACCGUCGAGGAUGAUCCACACCUCGACUGUGUACGGUGGGCAGAUCAUCAUUGGUGGUGGUGUGAGUAGCUAUGGAAAAAUGCCCGCAGAUGGGAUUGUGCUGUUUUCUCUACGCUUACAACCAACUCCCGCAGUUGCGGCGACACGAGUGGAGUGGACCCCGUUUCGGCCGCUGCCGCAACUUCGGAACAUAAUCGGCUUCAGCUUGACACGCUAUUCCAGUGAUUUGCUUCUGAUAUUUGGAGGCUGCACCCGUGAAUGUAUUCUGCUUGGAGGUGGUCCACUCCAUGAUCAGUGUCUGUCGCUUAGAUCAUACCUCGUACCGAUGUCAAGCAUGAGUAAUGUUAACACGAGCGCUGGUCACCAGCCGUCUAGUGUAAUACCGUUCUUCAGUAUGUACCCCAUGCUGGGACACGCCGUCGUUGGAGACACUGUGUUUGGCGGUGUGUUACUGCCUGUACCGAGCCUGAGUAGCUCGGACAGUGCUGUCAUCACAACGAAAUCCUGCCAGUACAAACUGGCAGCGUCACACUGUCCUCUUGGCCAUGGCUGGAUGAACGGAACGUGCAGGGAAUGUCCCAUGGGCUUCUACUCGGCCGACCUCAGCAGUAACUGCAGUAGGUGUCCACCACUGUUGGUGACGAAAUCAAGUGGCUCCACACAUUGUGUGCCUCUACAACCUUGCUACGGCGGCUUUUGCCACGGUCAUGGCGAGUGCUCGGUUAAGGAGAACAAAGCUAGCUGUGCCUGCACCUGGGCGUAUCUCUCCUACGACAAUUGCCAGCUACCUCUUAGUGCCAUCUUGAUCAGUGUCGGCAUCGCCACAUUGACUCUCAUUGUCAUCCUCAUUGUUCGGUCCAUGCGCCAAAGUCGAAAGCUCCACCGCCAGAGAGAGAAAGACCUGCUGGUCUCGCGCUGGCAGCUGAAACAGCUAGCUAACGGUGUCAUCAUAGACUGGAGUGAGCUGUCGCAGUCGAUCAUAAGAACCAUUGGCAGAGGGUCGAGUGGGGAUGUGUUUCAGGCAGAGUUGUCCGAUAUGCAGGUGGCAGUGAAGGUGCUACGCAGCUGUAGAAUGGACGACGUGAUCUUCCUUGAGCAGUUCAUCAAAGAAAUUGAGCUAAUGCGAACUGUGCGCCACCCCAACAUUGUGAUGUUUCUAGGUGCAGGUACAAAGCCAGCACAGCGCUCACCCUUCAUUGUGAUGGAAUAUGUGACACGGGAAUCGCUUUACAAAGUUUUGAGGGAAAACGUCCCACGAGAUAUUAGCCAUCGGCAGAAGGUAGCCUUUGCCGUGGAUAUCGCCAGAGGAAUGGAGUUUCUUCAUGGCUCCGCAACACCCCGAAUUCAUUGUGAUUUGAAAAGCUCAAACCUGCUAGUUACACAGAAGUGGACCGUGAAGAUAGCGGACUUUGGAAUGCUCCGUCUCCUAUCGACCAUCAAGGACUAUGACAGCAGUAACCCGGAAGAUAACCUGAUGGCAAAUGUCACCGUGUACGACCGCAGCCGUCAGAACCCCAGGAGAAGGCCGUCGCUGUCAACGUCAGCAUCUGCAGACCGUGAGAGAACGCCGCUACUGUCCAUAUUGCAGCAGCAGUAUUCAAACAGUAGGGCAAGUGGCACAGUUUCACCAGCGUCUACUGCUGCUGCUGCUGCUCUUGCUGAUGUUAGUGCUGUAGGAGGAGGAGGCCUUCACCGUGAUAGCGAGACCAACAUGACCCGAGCAAUGGGUAGCAGCCGCUGGUGUGCACCCGAGACCCUCACUGCCCGUGUCUUCAACCAAUGCACAGACGUAUACAGCUAUGGAGUAGUUCUGUGGGAAAUCCUCACGCACAUCAAGCCGUAUGAUGAGAUCGGUGACGAGGAUGCUGUGAUGAGUGGGAUCAAGCACGGGCAACGACUACCCCUUCCACCGGGCCCAGAUUUCUAUCACUUCAAGCGGAUCAUCGAGGCUUGCUGGAGUGAGGAGCCGGAGAGUCGGCCAUUGUUUCCGGAAAUCCUAGACCGUCUCAAAACUGCUUGAGAGAGACAGAUGAAGGGA